GCAAAUGCGCAUGAUCGAAGCAUGCUGUCGUCAGAAAUUGAUUUCCUGAGACACGAUAAAAUCGAACAAGUUGUUUCCUUGGCCAGACGGCUCUGACAAAAGCACAAUUUCGUACCCUUAUCAGCUGUGCUGGCUGCUGGUGAUAGACUUCCAGUGAAAAUUUAAAAAAAGUUAAAUUACCCCUAUCAGGUAGCAGACAACUUCCGGUUUUUGGUGUCUUACUCUAACGGUUGUAACUCUAGUUUUACGGUGUUAGCUUAUUACUGUUUGGAAAAUGCAGAGCUUUUCGGCUCCCCUGUGUACCUUGCGAUGCCCAGCGCUAGACGGAUGAUUCUGGGCCACGUAAUGUCCGGUUUGUGCAGCAAAAUGAACCGGACCAAACAGCUGCCGGCGGAUUUGAUGGAAACUCCCCUGAAUCGGUGUUUGAACACGUUCGAUAUCACCUUGCUAGGUAUUGGUCACAUGGUCGGUGCUGGCGUAUACGUCCUAACGGGAACGGUGGCUCACGAGAUGGCUGGCCCCGGAAUAGUGCUCUCGUUCAUUCUAGCCGGAUUAGUGUCGUUAUUGGCUGCCCUGUGCUAUGCCGAAUUCGGAACCCGAGUGCCGAAGGCUGGAUCGGCGUACGUUUACACGUACGUUUCCAUCGGGGAGUUUUGGGCGUUCGUGAUCGGGUGGAAUAUCAUACUGGAACAUAUGCUGGGAGCAGCGUCCGUGGCUCGUGCUUGGAGCGGGUAUAUCGAUUCUAUGCUGGGGAAUAUUGUGGCCAACACUACAAUGGAGAUCACCGGAGAGAUGCAUGAGCAACUGUUGGCAAAAUAUCCGGACUUUUUGGCGUUUGCUGUCUGCUUGAGCUAUGCCGUUGCACUGGGCACGGGUGUAAAAGCUACCGCUAUGAUAAAUAGUAUAUUGACAACAGUUAAUGUGGCUGUCAUGUUGUUGGUCAUUGUGCUUGGUUUUUGGUAUGCAAACCCAAAGAAUUGGUCUCUACCGGAUCAAGGAUUUCUCCCAUUCGGGUUUGGCGGAGUGUUAGCUGGUGCUGCUACAUGUUUCUAUGCGUUUGUGGGGUUCGAUAGUAUUGCUACGUCAGGGGAAGAAGCCAAAAACCCUAGUGUCUCUAUACCCUUGGCAACCAUCCUGUCGUUGUGUGCGGUUACUAUAGGAUAUGUGCUGGUUAGUGCUGCAUUAACACUUAUGAUACCAUACAACGAGAUCAAUCCGGCUGCAGCGCUCUCGGAUGCGUUCGGCGUUCGUGGAAUUUCUUGGGCAAAGUAUGCGAUUUCGACCGGUGCUAUCUGUGGAAUGACGACUACAUUGCUUGGAUCGCUGUUCGCACUACCAAGAUGUUUGUAUGCGAUGGCAAGUGAUGGAUUGCUGUUCUCCUGCUUCGGAAAAGUUAACACCAAAACCCAAGUGCCACUAAUAAAUCUGGCAGUUUCUGGAGUUUGCUCAGCGUUGUUAGCACUAUUGUUCGAUUUGGAAAAAUUAGUCGAAUUUAUGUCCAUUGGGACUUUGUUAGCGUACACAAUCGUGAGUGCUAGCGUAAUUGUGCUUCGAUACAGACCGAUUUCGGUGGAAGAAACUGUUCAUCUGACUCCCGAUACACCUGGAACAGACGAGGAAGAAGCAGCAUCAUCUUCAUCCCACUCCAGUGCUGUGGAUCCGUCGUCACCGACUAGUGAAAUGAUUGAAAUAGCUCUGGCGGGUAGAUUGCGUCCGCAGUUCCGUUGGUUGGAACCUCUUCUAGGUCGCUGUGAGCCUGGGGUCGCUUGCUCUGGUGCCGUAUUACUAUUUUGCGUUCUCAGUGCUGCGAUUUGCUUCCAACUACAGGCCUCGUGGGAUGAGCUGUAUAAUGGAACCUGGUGGGCCCUGGGCUUGUAUGGGUUUCUCUUAUUCUGUUUGGUAGCAUGUAUCGUGGUUAUUAGUGCUCAUCAUCAGAACACUCGAGGGCUUCAGUUCAAGGUGCCUCUGGUGCCAUACAUUCCUGCGCUGAGCAUACUCUGUAACAUCGAACUGAUGGUACACUUGAGCUUCCUUACGUGGUUUCGCUUUUUCAUCUGGCUGUCGAUUGGCAUGUUGGUUUACUUUUUGUACGGCAUCCACAACAGCAAAGAGGGAGAGCUGGGAACUUCCUACUCAAUGCUGAUGUCGACACAGGAGGCAGUUCGUGGCUGGGGUUCCACGCAUUCGGCUGGCCUAGCAGGGGGUGCCAGGGUAACCGUGACCAAAAUUGUUAAAGGCAGGGUGAGCCGAAAGAGCGUCGACAAACAGGCUAUCAUUGAUGAUGACGAUGAUGAUUCUUAAGUUACACGCGUUAGUGCAAAUAGCAAUCGUUAGUGAAUGCUUAUGUUUACGCUUAACAUCGGCACAAUUAUUCUUCAUAAGCACUAUUCAGAUUUUGUUAGAGCUGCGGAAAUUAUCAGCUACUAAGAUAAACAAUAUUCUUCGCACAAUAUUUUAAAACUAAGUUUAAGCUUCGAGUUACAAUUAAAUGUUAUUGUUAUUGUGCAAUGUAUUUCAUAAAAUUUGUUUAUGAAUAAUUAAAAAUUACGUUAAUGCAAGUUUUCUCCAAAAAAGUGGACAAGAUAUUAACAAACCAAACGUAAAUCAUUCGCAUAGCAUAUUUUCAAUGUUUGGGCCAUCCUAGUAUUUCUAAUUACUGAAAAGAAUCCUUCUAAUUUGUAUUCAGCUUUAUUUUCAAUUUCACUCUGAAGUGAUAAGUUUUUUUUCCUCUACACAAUAUGCAAUGCAUACGACUCGUAUAACGACAAAAUAAACAUUAGUUUAGCUUCAGCAGACACACUUAAAUUUGCUCUAAAAGACAAUCAGUAAGACUGUCGCAGUGGCUUUCCGUAUUCGAUGUUUCUCGAGCAUAUAAAAGAAAAUUGUUUUACAGAAACUGUGAAAUAACUACUAUAUGGCAAACAAUAAAUAAAAAAAAUUCCCUCCAACCAAACAAAUUUGAUAACGGCCGCAUUUUAUAGCAACAGAAACACAACAUUCAGAAAAACAUGCAGAAUAAUAACUAUAGAGUUAGCUAAACCUAAACAACAUUAAACAUGACACUAACAUUGCGUACUGUAGAAUAUCAGUAUUUUUUAAAAUUUCCCAACACAUUUCCCUUUUUUCGUUAGCGAUAAAAAUGUGGUCUCGUGACGCAGUUCAAUAUUAAAAUUAAUAUUAUCUCAAUCAAAAUGGUUGACAGAUAUUCGACCAAAACCAGUGUAGUUGAAAGAACUUAAAAACUUCCUCGUAGUUACGUCUCACCACUAAAUUUUCUUACCCAGUUCAAUUGUUUUGCAUAAAUAGUUAAGCUCCUGUCAAUUUGACUAAUUGAAUAUUGUUAUUGGAGACAAAAGUUAAACCUUCCACAUCUUUUCUAGUGAAUCCAAAUCCUUAUAAAAGUAUGAUAGUCACCACCAACUUUAGAAAAAAAAAACACACGAAAUAAUAAGAAAUAAGACAGCACCGAAAGCUUUUUCUUUAUAUUUUCUUUAAAUUUUUUUUUACAGUGAGUUAGCCAAAUAAUUCCAUUACAACAAUAUCGUCAUUUAUGACAGUACCAUGCGCUUCCUUAGACUUUUUAAUUAUUUGUAGAUUUCCCCGUCAUCGUAAAAGUUUCGCAGCAGGAUCAUUCAUUAUUGCUUGAUAGAAACGUUUUAGUGAUUCAUGUUUAUCCCACCACACAAAUCCUACAUUUUUUACAUACGAUUUUUUAAAGGAGAAGAAAAGAAUACAACAUAGCAACAAUACAAGAACCGAUAGCACGUCAUAAUAUUGUGGGAGAGAUAUAAAGUUAUACUCACAAAAUAAUACAUUAAAACAAUAACAGUAGUUAGUAGCUUUCUAUGGGUAUGAUAUCUGUCAGAGUCUGAAUUCUAUAGAGCAAAUAUAUAUUUAAAUGAUAGAGAGUACGCUAUUUAUAUUCCUAUUGAACAUAUAUACACACACAUGAAAAAUAAUAAACAGAUAAAACACCCUCCGUAUAAGCUAAUCGUUUCACUAUGUAAUAGCAUGAUGAUCGUCUACAGGCAAAUAAAUAUCACCCAUACAAAAGUGUAAGAAUGCUAAAAUCUACAUUAAUACGAGCCAGCGGCGAAAAAAUUAAUCCUGAUUGCAUACGAUAAACGAAACAUGCGUGUUGUAUGGAUAAGAUUCAAACAACAUGUCAAAAGAAAGGGUAAACAGAUCAAUUAGUAGAAAUUAUUGAAUAAUAACCACCAGAGAGUCGAAGAAAAGUAGACAUUUUAUUGCUGCAUACUAUCAUCCGCACGACAUGUGAAUAAACUAAAGAAUAAAUGUAAAUAUAUAAAAUUAGAUCCUUUCUGUAA